AAAAAAACGCUCACUUUCAGAAAUCUGCGCGGUUGUCUUGGAUCGGCGCCCCCCCCCCGUGAUAGCACCCUGGCGCCAGGGGCGGCGCCAGAGGCGGCACCAGGGUGUCCCAGCGCCGAUCCGGGAAAUCCGCGCGGACUUCGAAAGUUUACGCUUAUGCAUUUCCCUUGUAUCAGAUGUUUUCCCCCUGGCGCUCAUUUCUGCCUGUGAAGGGCAGCUAGCAUUCAGAGUCGGCUAUGAGGACGGGCCUCUUGCGAAGUGGUGAAGGUGCAGUGGGUCUGAAGGACGAGUCGUCGAGGCAGGUGCUAAGCUCAAUGUUCAGUGGUAUGCCAGGGGAACGACCUCCUCGCCAUCGCUUUUCUCGCUCAACGCAUGUAUUGGAAUGUCUUGUCGUCUACGUACCCAAUUUGAACCUCAUUUGUUAUCGAGAGACAUUUCUUCGGACGUGCUGGUUGGCCGGUUUUCUAGCUUUGUCAACUUAUUUGCCCGCUACCAUGAAUCCAACCCAAUCGCGUUAGCGAAGUAUUCCGCCAGCUCCCAUGAACGCCAGAUUGUCUGCGAUGUACUGGUCAGAACGGUUUUCGUCUUCUGCGCGCUCGUUGCCAUCUCAUCCUUGUGUCUCAUCUUCUUGCAGGACGGAAGCCUAUUCCCACUGCUUCGUUAUGUUUGUUCUGGAGGCGCCUCCGUCGAUCCAGACAAGUGGGUCUGCGAGUGCGGCUUCGCCAAUCGGCUGAUCAACACUGUUUGUGGAGGAGGAGGCCCCCUGGGCUGCAAGCAGCAGAGGCCAGGAUGCGUCGGUGCCGCGAGGACACCGGCCGACGACGGCGACUCGUGGACCUGCAGUUGCGGCUUCGUGAACUCCGCGAAAAAUGUGCAGUGCGGAGGCAAGGGCGUGCUCGGCUGCAAGAAGGCGAGGGCCGAGCAGGACCGAGUACUUUGCCUCAAUAUGCUUCUGCUCAGCUGGAGAAGCAUUGUGCAGUCAUACAAACUGGCGGGGGGCCUAAUCUGGGGUGCAGCAGGAUAGUUCGUUACCGCUGAAAUUAGAGCUCGGGUGCCGAAAGGCAUGCCCCCCCCCCCAUGCCUAAGCAGGCUUGCUUACGAUUUGCGAGGCAGAACCUUGCCUUUUCCUUCCUCUUGCCUAUCCCCCCUUACACGAUGAUAGCCCAAGCAGGCGACCUUCGACUUGACAAUGAAACUGGCCUCGGGCAGCCAUACCAAGCAGUGUUCAUGCGUGUCUGGCGUUGUUGAAAUUAGAGUUGUUAUAUUUCUUCGGCGCAGCCCAGCAAGCCCAGUGGUGCCGAGUGGUGUAAGUUUCCCACCCUCAGCCCAGCUGGGCAUUCCCCAACACGUUGUGGUCAGAUCUGCCCAGCACUACUCCGUGCCCAACACUACUCAGCGUU